AUGAGCUCAGGAGGGGGCAUAUGGCAAACGAAUCGACAAGGGAGCGAGAUCCAAACAAAGUGGAACGAGUGUAUUGUAAGGUCUGAGGAGCUCAAUAGAGCUCUGAUGCAGUACAUGGGUAUGAUAUCGCAAUCGACACAUCACGCCACACAGAGGCGCCUCGCGUUUUUGCAGUUUCGACAAAUCCAAGUGGGAAGGGACACUGGGCGAGGGCACUGGAAGGAGUUUGAGCUUCAACAUGCAGAGUAUGACCAGAUAGACAGGACGCCCCAGCAAGACAAUGUGCUUUUAGGGUAG